AUGGCAGUCGGUGCGGAACGCGAGAAGGCGGCCGCAGCGGCGGCGGCGGCGGCUGUGACAGUGAAUGAAGCAACAACAAGAAAUUUGUUGGAGAGGUUUCAAUUGACUUCAGCGCCGACACCACAACAACAGCAGUCGCUUCCGUCUCCGCAAAUAACAGUGGAGCAGCAGCCACAGCAGCAACAGCAAUCGCAGACUCAGCAGAAGCAGACUGUAAUGCCACGAGCGCCAAGGAAGAAUAGCACCAAUAUCCCACCAAUGCUACUGCAGUCCCUGAAGGACGUUGUCCCGUCCCUCGCAUUCAGGGACAUUCUGGAAAGCGGAGGAGGCGUUUCUUCAACUCCUGGUAGUGACAACAAAAGCGAUGGUGGUGGUAGCGGUAGCACCACCACUACAACCAACCCUCUCCCGCGCCUCUCCUCUAUUGCUUUUGCCUACGGUUUUCCCUCCACCAACGAUCAUCAAUCAGCCUCCGCCCCUCCCUCCUCCGUCAAUGCCACGGAGGACAGAAAAAAAUCCGCCGAUCCCACCGCUGCCCUUCUUAUCUCCCCACCUCAGGCGUCACAGGCGCCACCUUCAGCGUCAACAUCGUCAUCCUUCCUCCUGGAUGACUAUCGCGGCGGCGGUGGUCCUCCGGAGGUGAAAAUUAAACCCCCUCCACCGUCAACUUCAGCCACCGAGGCGGGGCUCUGUGUGGAGGGACUUUUGGGCUCCGAUUCCAACGGUAGUCUCUUCUUCUCCAACGAUUCACCUCCCACCCGAAAUUACAUGGGCCGGAUGGGCGGCGCCGGCAGCGGUGGUGCUCUCGGUGGCGGUGGCCAGGGCAACCAAACUGGUGGCGAUUCAAAGGAUAUUCGACGACGAGUCAGCCACAAUGAGGUGGAACGACGACGUCGGGAUCGAAUCAACACGUGGAUUGCCGCACUUUAUAAGCUUCUUCCCCCGGAACAACAGGCAAAAUCGCAGUAUCAGAGUAAAGGUGUCGUGCUGAAACGCGUCUACGAGUACUUCCAGAACUACGACUCCAAUAUCAAGACGCUACGGGAGGAAAACGCCAUAUUCAAGCAGGAGAUAUGUCGUCUGACACGGGAAAACCACAUUCUUCGCGACAGCCUGAAAGCGCAUUUCCAACAACAACAGCAGCAGAGUGCGACAGUGACGACGGGGGUGUCCACACCAUGCGAGGUUUCCCAGGUGCCAUCGCCUUCAAAACGGUCGCACUUCUCAACCGACUAG